GGCAUGCUUAGUGGCCACAUGAAGGGCCAGUUACUGAUAUCUGAUAUGAACAACAGAUGCUGAACCGCGGGGGUGGAACUAGCAACGGAGGCCUCCUUAUCCUGAUAACGGACUCAACGUUGGACAUGAUGCAAGAGCUCGAGCCAGCUAUGCAGUUAUUGAAGAACAAUGGUCUCAUCAUGAAUACCGUCGCACUUGGUCCACACACGUACCGGGAAAUUGAGCGUCUGGCUGUGGCCACCGGUGGACGAACCUUCGCUAUUAACUUCCCCAGCGCUUUCGCGUCUCCUGAGCUGGAUUCUGCGUUGCUCACCGCCACAUCAACGCUGACGAGUGCAGAAGAAAAAGAAAUUGUGGUGACGCAGGAUGAAUUGUUUGUGAACAAAGAGAUGACUGUUGAGAUUUUUGUGGAAGAACGCUUGGGGAUACGAGGAUCGGUGUCGGUUAUCGGAUCCUCCGUCAAAGACCUCUCGGUCCGCCUGACAAACCCGAGGAACUUGGUCUAUCAUGAGACGAGUGGCGAAUGUACCAAAGAUGUCGUGCUUACCAACUGGGUGCACUGCUCCUUCAAUAAGAUGAUGCCCGGAAAAUGGCUUCUGCACCUGAUCCCCAGUCCCGGUCAGAGCACAACCGUGACGCUGCUGGCAUCCUCGAACGCCCUUCCUUCAGAAGAAGGACAGAGUCCGGUGACUGCAGAGGCUUACUUAUCCAGUGCCAUCGUCACAUUUCCCGAAGUGUUGAGCGUGCAUGUCCGCGUCUCCAAGGGCCAGAACGCGAUCCUUGGAGCCAUUGUCAAAGCUACUGUCACCAGACCAAAGUGGACUGCCACAACUCUCGUACUUAAAGACGACGGCGUUGGAGCAGACAACACGCACGGCGAUGGCAUUUAUUCCGCCUAUUUUACUCAGCACGUGGGCAGUGGCCGAUAUGGUGUCAUCGUCAAGGCGCGGGGCGGUAGAGGAGCACGCAUUCUGCGGCCUGUCAAGAAGGAUACCUCCAUUGGCGACAUCGGCAAGAUGCCAAGGAACUUGACACGCUCUGCUAAGAGGACAUACAAGCUGCGUGACCUGGUCAUCAAGCCCCAGCGCCGGCAUAUGUGGGCUCCGCGGAUCCUGGGGGACGCUGGCUUCUUCGAGCGGGUCGUCGAUGCUGGAUCUUUCCAGCUACUAGGUUACGAUGAAAACGCAAAGAUUCCUCCGGGACCGGUGAACGACCUGGUCCUGCAAGAUUCGCGGUACAAAGGUUCUCGAUGGAUGGUCACCUUAACCUGGACAGCAAUGGGGGCACAUAUGGAUUUUGGCAAAGCCACGUCCCUGGAAGUUCGCAGCAGCCUGGUGGCCAGCGAGUUGGAAGAGAAUUUCCAAGAGGCAUUUCUUAUUAGUAAACCGGACAUUGUCACUGGAACGCUGACUCCUCAGACGCCGGGAUUCCGACAGGAACUCGUUAUUGUUAUCCCACCACGUGCACUGGGCAGAACGAAGGCGACGGCGGUCAACCUAUACUUCGCCAUGAAAACUCGUAACUCGGCAGGACAGACGUCACCCGUGUCUAACGUCGCACGCGUGAGCUACGGCCUCUAUGAUCUGCUGAAACCACGAGCGAGGCAUAACAGCCCACUACGGCGUCUGCGUAGGAACAAGCUUACUAGAGGCCAGACGCCAAGAAGACCUUCUUUCCAACGCAUGGUAACACCGAAACCGAAGCUAAAGGUGGAUAUCUCCAAGAACGGCGACAUGUCUGCCUCAACGUACAUUCUCAUCACCGUCGUCGUGGCGUGUGUCAUACUGGCCAUACUUGUUCUGGUCUUCGACAAGCUCCCGCUUUACUACAGAGGCAAAGAUGGCGGCCAGAAUAUUCAUCGUUGCGCUCCUGACACUUGUCCUCGUCGGAUCAAUAUGGAAGCGUUGUUUUUCACUAAAUGACGUGA